GUGGAAUCACGUGACAUUUGGCAGACAUAGUGUUACAGUACGUGUGAUCAUCACGACACCAAGACGCAGGGGGACAGCUACAAAACACACACCUAGCACGUUCGGUGUCUUCAUGUAAGAAAGGACAGAACAUAGUGAGAAGUACACGGACAGAAACAUGAGCAGGAAGCAGUCCGUGAACAAACCGCCAGACGGCGGCUGGGGUUGGAUGGUGGUGUUGAGUACAUUCCUUGUACACGUCAUCGCUCUCGGAUCGGUGAAGUCCCUGGGUGUGUUCUACGCCGAGUUCCGGGAGGUUUUCCAAGAAAGCGCGGGAAAUACGUCCUUCAUCAGUUCUGUCUUCGUAGCUGCUGUAUUAUUUUGCUCUCCCAUUGCCAGUGCCCUGAGCAACCUGACGAGUUGCCGUACCGUCGUCAUGGCAGGAGGCGUCAUUUCUGCCGUGGGACUCGGCGUCAGCUACUUCGCACAGAGCGUCGUACACCUGAUCAUCACCAUUGGACUGAUAACAGGCUUUGGGUUUUCCUUGAUGUACUCCCCAAGUCUGGCAAUGGUCGGAAAAUACUUCCACAAGCGGCACGCCACAGCCAAUGGGAUAGCGAUCAGCGGGACCGGAGUCAGCAUGUUUGUCCUCUCGCCGCUCUUCCAGUUCCUUAUUGACGAGUUUUGGUGGAAUGGCGCCCUCCUGAUUUUCGCCGCCAUGGCACUGAACGGCUGCGUCUGUGGCGCCUUGCUGAGACCCUUACAUCUCAAAGAUGCCGACAAAGACAAUGAAGUCAAAAGUGAAGACGAAGAGGUCGCAGAUUCAUCGAAAACGUGCAAAACCAUCAUUCCAUUCUGUCAAAAAGUUUUGGAAAUGUUUGACGUGACUUUAUUGAAAAGCGGACCUUUUCUUGUCUACAAUCUGUCCUUGUUCGCAUUAAUGUUGGGGAGUUCCAUAAUUUUCGUGCACCUUGUAGCCCACGCCCAAAGUCUAGGAGUGGAGAAAACGCAAGCCGCAUUCCUCCCGUCCAUUCUGGGUAUGGUGGAAGCCGUCGCAAGACCAAUAAGCGGGUGGCUGUCAGACAGGCUACCCGUCAGAAAACUAUAUUUUUACAUGGUGGGUUGUGUCGGUUUGGGAAUAUGCAAUAUCGCCAUACCACACUCGCCGACAUACGCGGCCCUCGUGGCGUGCAUGGUGUUCUAUGGGAUUUCUUCUGGCACCUUCUACCCGCUGAUCGCGGUCCUUGUACGGGAAUAUAGCGGCGUUUCCAGGAUUUCCGGCGGGCUUGGGUGGGCGUUCGUCUUCCAGGGUGCCGGCUUUCUGCUGGGACAACCCAUAGCAGGCUGGCUGUAUGACGCCACUGGAAACUACGACAUGUCCUUCUAUGCAGCUGCGACCUUCAUCUUCGUCUCCGUGGUCGUUCUCCUCCUCCUCGUGCCGAAGAAAGGGAAAAGCUGGGCGCUGGAGUCUGGCAAGCCUGCCGCUGACGUCCCACAUGACGAGUGUGACGGGGUGGUUGCACUACGAGCCAGGCAACUACCUGACGUUACUGUUAUCACUGAAGGGCAAACUAACCCAGUGUUCCAAAGUGAGAUUUGGGAUUCGGGCAACGAGAUUGGUCAGAUUCAUCACGUGAUAGGCAGAAAUACACACAUAGUGGGGUCAUUUUCUCAAUUAUUCGUUCCCCUACAUGUCAGACAGGACGUGUUUCGAGACUCAAGACGUGUUUCUGGUCUCAAGACGUGUCAAGACGCAUCCUCUUAUCUUAUUCUAGGUCAACGACAGAUACAUUUAUCCUCGAUGCAGUCCGCGGAUAAUCCCCCAGAAGGCGGCUGGGGUUGGAUGGUGGUGUUGAGUACAUUCCUUGUGCACGUCAUCGCUUUAGGUGCGACUAAGUCCCUCGGUGUGUUCUACGUGGAGUUCCGAGAGGUUUUCCAAGACGGCGCGGGAAACACAUCCUUCAUCAGUUCAGUCUUUGCAGCUACUACAUUCAUUUGCUCUCCCAUCGCCAGUGCCCUGAGCAACCUGACGAGCUGCCGUACCGUCGUCAUGGCAGGGAGCGUCAUUUCUGCCGUGGGGCUUGGCGUCAGCUACUUCGCAAAGAGCGUCGUACACCUGAUCAUCACCAUUGGACUGAUAACAGGCUUUGGGUUUUCCUUGAUGUACUCCCCAAGUCUGGCAAUGGUCGGAAAAUACUUCCACAAGCGGCACGCCACAGCCAAUGGGAUAGCGAUCAGCGGGGCCGGAGUCAGCAUGUUUGUCCUCUCGCCACUCUUCCAGUUCCUUAUCGACGAGUUUAGGUGGAAUGGCGCUCUCCUGAUUUUCGCCGCCAUGGCACUGAACGGCUGCGUCUGUGGCGCCUUGCUGAGACCCUUACAUCUCAAAGAUGCCGACAAAGACAAUGACGGCAAAAGUGAAGACGAGGAGGUCGCAGAUUCAUCGAAAGCGUGCAAAACCAUCAUUCCAUUCUGUCAAGCCGUUUUGGAAAUGUUUGACGUGACUUUAUUGAAAAGCGGACCUUUUCUUGUCUACAAUCUGUCCCUGUUCGCAUUAAUGUUGGGGAAUUCUAUGAUUUUCGUGCACCUUGUAGCGCACGCCGAAGCUUUAGGGGUGGAGAAAACGCAAGCCGCAUUCCUCCCGUCUAUUUUGGGUAUGGUGGAAGCCGUCGCAAGACCAAUAAGUGGGUGGCUGUCAGACAGGCUACCCGUCAGAAAACUAUAUUUUUACAUGGUGGGUUGUGUCGGUUUGGCAAUAUGCAAUAUCGCCAUACCACACUUGCCGACAUACGCGGCCCUCGUGGCGUGCAUGGUGUUCUAUGGGAUUUCUUCUGGCAUCUUCUACCCGCUGAUCGCGGUCCUUGUACGGGAAUAUAGCGGCGUUUCCAGGAUUUCCGGCGGGCUUGGGUGGGCGUUCGUCUUCCAGGGUGCCGGCUUUCUGCUGGGACAACCCAUAGCAGGCUGGCUGUAUGACGCCACUGGAAACUACGACAUGUCCUUCUAUGCAGCUGCGACCUUCAUCUUCGUCUCCGUGGUCGUUCUCCUCCUCCUCGUGCCGAAGAAAGGGAAAAGCUGGGCGCUGGAGUCUGGCAAGCCUGCACCUGACGUCCCACAUGACGAGUGUGACGGGGUGGUUGGACUACAAGCCAGGCAACUACCUGACGUUACUGUUACUAUAGAAGGGCAAACUAACCCAGCGUUCCAAAGUGAAAUGUGAACUAUAAGUUUGCAAACGACGGUUUGAAAGCAAGCAUACAAUAUUAUAAUGAUGUGUAUGCAAAGGUACAAUGUAAAAGACAAUGGAAUUAUCUGAACUAGGAGAUGUACUUUGUAAAGGAAUGAAUAUUAUAUAUGCCUGGAUAUUUUACUAAUAUAUUCAAGAACAUAAACGGUAUAAACGAUAUGCAAAC